GUUCCUGUUGUCUUUUAUAAUCCACCUCUCCUCAAUUCCAGAUACUGUUAUGCGUUAAUGUGGAAGGUUUUACGGCCUUGUCGUCAGAUUUUCACACAAAUUGGCUGGGCUCAACAAUCGAAAUAUAGUUUCGCCAAUUCACACCUGCGGUUUCCUGCUUACUGUCACAGUCGAAUCACUCCACUGACGAUGAAACUGGAUUCUGACGAGUUUCAUUCGCUCUUCACUCCGCAGCUCACUAAACUUAACGAUCUUUUCAUCGCUAAUAAAUUCCAACUCAGGAUAGCUGGUGGGCCGGUUCGUGAUCUUCUGAUGGGUAUAAAGCCAGUCGAUAUUGAUCUGGCGACGAACGCAACGCCGUCACAAAUGAAGGAUUUAUUUACACGUGAAGGAAUUCGUAUGUUGAAUAAAAAUGGUGAAGAACACGGCACAAUAACGUGCCGUAUUGACGAUGUUGAAAAUUAUGAAAUUACAACGUUGAGAAUUGAUGUGGUGUGUGACGGUCGUCGAGCAAAAGUUGAAUUCACAACCGACUGGCAGUUGGACGCGAAUCGACGAGACCUCACAAUCAAUUCACUCUUCUUAGAACUGGAUGGCACUGUGAUCGAUUAUUUUGGCGGUAUUAAGGAUCUAAAUGCGAGGAGAGUAGCGUUUGUUGGUGAUGCAACACAACGGAUACAGGAAGACUAUUUGCGGAUAUUGAGAUAUUUUCGUUUCUUUGGUCGAAUAGCAAAAUCUGGUAGUGCGCACGAGCGGAGCACGCUAGAUGCUAUAAUUGCGAACAAACAAGGACUUGAGAAUAUUAGCGGCGAACGUAUAUGGAGUGAACUGAAAAAGAUAUGCGUCGGACGAUUUGGUGGUGAUGUGAUGAGAACGAUGUUGAUUGAUUGCGAUUUGAACUCGUUGUUGGCCCUACCAAACGACUGUGAUAUGGAUGAAUAUUGUAAAAUAUUCGAUUACAAUGCUGAAAGACAACUGCAACCGAUGACUGUCAUGAGCGCAUUAUUCAAAAACGAACAUCAUAUUGACGUGUUCCAUAAAAGAUGCAAACUAUCGAAUGUCGAGAAAACACUUGCUGAGUUCAUUGUUCAAAGACGAGAUGAAGCGCGAAAAAAUUUGAAUUGUGAAAAAUAUUUCAAAGAUCUGAUAUUGGAUCUCGAAUCAGCACCUAGCCACGAUAAAAAGCGAAUGUGUGGUCGUGAGAUGGUGCUGGAACUUUUGAAAUACAUUUGUGCAUCGCCACAGUUUAUUGACGAAAUGAGCAAAUGGGAGUUGCCUGUAUUUCCGGUGAAUGGACACGAUUUACUUGGAAUACUAGUGCAAGGUGGACCGCUAAUGCGUAAAGUGCUCACACAUCUAUUUGAAAUUUGGAAAAAUGUACGUAUUGAAUUGAGUUUGAGUCAUUUCCAUUACAAAUUUCAAUUUUUUUCUCAGUUGCUGAUAAGAUUCAAUUUCUCACAGUUUCCACUUAUUUCAUUUUUGCUAUCUAUGAACAGUUUUGAUAAUGCAUUCGUGGUCGAUUACUUGUCCAGUAAAGAUUAUUUGAGAAAAUUCUCAGACGAAUACAAAAUCGGUCGUGACGAACUCUUGAAGCACAUCAAUGCGGAACUUUUAGAGAGUUUUGCUAAGGAUUUGCCAAAGAAGAUGUCAAAAAAACGUAAAAGUGGUGGUACUUCACCCACGAAAGAGCUGGAAGGUGAAGUGUUUAUGCGAUGA